CGCGGGGUUGGCGGGCGGGCGGGAGCGGGGAGGGAUUCGGUCGCGCUGCCGCCGCCGCAGCCGCCGCCAUGCGGGAGCGGAGGCCGCCGGCGGCAGCACCGGCUCGGUGCAAGUUGGUGCUGGUGGGCGACGUACAGUGCGGCAAAACGGCCAUGCUGCAGGUGCUGGCUAAGGACUGCUACCCCGAGACGUACGUGCCCACCGUGUUCGAGAACUACACGGCGUGCCUGGUCAGCGAGGAGCAGCGGGUGGAGCUGAGCCUCUGGGACACCUCCGGUUCCCCCUACUAUGACAACGUGCGUCCCCUCUGCUACAGCGACUCGGACGCCGUCCUGCUCUGCUUCGACAUCAGCCGCCCCGAAACCCUGGACAGCGCAUCCAAGAAGGUGGGGGGGCACCCGGUCCCCGUACGUGCGUUCUUCCCCAUGGCCCAGAAAAUCGGGGGGGGGGGGGGGCGCAUUUUGGGGACCCCAGGGUUCCUUCAACUGAUGCCAGCUUCGUGCCCGCAGUGGAAGACGGAGAUCCUGGAUUACUGCCCCACCACGCGGGUGCUGCUCAUCGGCUGCAAGACAGACCUGCGGACGGACCUGAGCACGCUGAUGGAGCUCUCCCAUCAGAAGCAGGCACCCAUCUCCUACGAGCAGGGCUGUGCCAUGGCCAGGCAGCUGGGAGCCGAGAGCUACCUGGAGUGCUCGGCCUUCACCUCGGAGAAGAGCGUCCACAGCAUCUUCCGGACCGUGUCCGGCAUCUGCCUCAGCAAAGCCCCCCCACAGCCCCCCAAAAGCCCCGCGCGCGGCCUCUCCAAGAGACUCCUGCACCUGCCCAGCCGCUCCGAGCUCAUCUCCUCCGCCUUCAAGAAGGAGAAGGCAAAAAGCUGCUCCGUCAUGUGAGGGGGGGAGGAUAGGGAUGCCUUCCCCCUCCCCCCUCGCCAAGCCCCCAGUUCCUGGGACAGGCUGGGGGCCAGAUGGGGCUGCGGUGCCCCCCCCCCCCCCCCGCCCUGAGGAGGAUGGGGUGCUCGCCGCCCUCCCAUCACACCGCUUCCCCCACCAGUACGUGCUGGGGCCCGGGGCUGGGGGGCAGUCCCCCCGGAGCUGCCGUGUGUGUGUUGGGGGGGGGGACACCUGGGGAGGGACCUUGCUCGGUGGCUGCUCCCGAGCCCCCGGCCCAGCGGGAUUCAUCCACGGACUCAUCCUUUUUCUUUGAAUGCCCAGUUGGUGUCUGGCUCUGCCCCAUCCCUCAUCUGCUGCUUGGCCCCGGGAUGCCUCGGGGUGCGCCCCCCCCCCCCCGAGCCCCGGUGGGGAGCGGGGCUCCGGGGAGGGGGCGGCUGUUUUAUAGACUGUCUCUUGGGGUGACUCUGUUCAAUGUUCAGUGUUAUUAAAAAGCUUAUUUAUUAUCGGAAAAAUAUAACAACUACCCACGUGCA